AUGGCAUCUUCGUCAUCAAUCAAAUCACGCCACGUGGCUGUAAUCGGAGCUGGAGCCGCCGGACUAGUGGCGGCGAGAGAGCUUCGACGAGAAGGUCACUCCGUCGUCGUUUUCGAGAGGCAGAAACAGGUCGGAGGAACCUGGAUCUACACCGAUCACGUCGAGUCCGAUCAGUUAAGCGUCGACCCGACCCGAAUCGUCGUUCACUCGAGCGUGUAUGGCUCUCUCCGAACUAACCUUCCUCGAGAAUGUAUGGGAUUCAGAGACUUCCCAUUCGCGAUCCGAUCCGAAUCAAUUGAUCCGAGAAGGUUUCCGAGUCACCCUGAAGUUCUAGCGUAUCUGCAGGAUUUCGCUAAGGAGUUUGGCAUCGAGAAGCUGAUCCGGUUCGAGACGACGGUCGUGCGCGUUUCUCCGGCGGCGGAAAGCGACGGCGGAGAAGGAAUCGGAAAAUGGAGAAUCGAAUCUACAGAGAAGGAGAAGAAAAUUCAUCGCGAUGAGAUUUACGAUGCAGUUGUUGUUUGUAAUGGACAUUACAUUGAACCUCGUCUCGCUGAAAUUCCUGGGAUAAGUUGUUGGCCAGGGAAGGAGAUGCAUAGCCAUAACUAUCGUCUUCCUUCACCAUUCAAAGAUCAGGUUGUUGUGGUUAUUGGAAGCUCUGCGAGUGCUGUUGACAUAAGCAGAGACAUUUCCGGGUUUGCCAAAGAGGUUCAUGUGGCUUCUUGGUCAAAUCCAGCUGAUACUUUUAUCAAGCAGAACGGUUACACUAACAUAUGGAUGCAUUCAAUGGUGA